CGCGGGGGGUUGGGUGAAGUGAGCAGCUCUGUGCCGGGGGCCCGAGGGGAAAGGCAGGCUGUGAACAGGCUCUGCCUGUGCUGGGGUUAGCUGCGGGAAGUGAGGCGGGAGAGGAGCUCUCUGCCCUCCAGGGGGCACGGAGACGGAAGCCGCUCCUCGCUUGUCACAUUACAUCCAUUUGCAGGGCGUGUGUGUGCAGCGUCCAGCCCCGCCGCCAGAUGCUCCCUGGAAGUUGGGAAGCGCUUCGCCAGCCGGAGACGCGCCUUCCUUUCCCCCCACAACUUUAGCGUCUCCUCAGUUACCAACAUGCCGGAUUACAAACGCCGCGGGGAAGGGAGCAAACCCAGCAGCCCGCGGGGCUGGUGAGCGGCGCCGGGGCGUGCUGACAGCAGUGUGAAGUGAAGGAGUUUCCUGCACAUGGACAAAAGCUGAAAGUUACCUUCAUCUUUUAUUUGUCUGAAAUGAAGGAGAUUUAGAUUCUGAUGAAAUCGAUGUAGCUGCUCUCCAUGUCUGCACUAACUGCCAUAUGAGGUAAGAGAAACUGAACAUGCCUCGGAGUCCAACAUCAAGUGAAGAUGAGAUGGCACAAAGCUUUUCAGAUUAUUCUGUCGAAUCUGAAUCAGACAGCUCCAAAGAAGAAACUAUUUAUGAUACUAUCAGGGCUACAUCAGAGAAACCAAGCAGCAGAAUGGAAGACAAUAGGAGCAACACAUUAGUGAUACGAAUUAUAAUACCUGACCUACAGCAAACGAAAUGCAUUAGAUUUAAUCCUGAAGCUUCAGUAUGGGUAGCAAAACAACGAAUUUUAUGCACUUUGAAUCAGAGUUUGAAAGAUGUCCUGAAUUAUGGGCUGUUUCAGCCUGCCAGCAACGGGAGAGAUGGGAAAUUUUUGGACGAGGAACGACUCCUUAGGGAAUAUCCACAACCAGUGAAUAAAGGUGUUCCCUCCUUAGAGUUUCGGUACAAGAAGAGAGUGUAUAAGCAAUUAAAUCUUGAUGAAAAACAGCUGGCCAAGCUUCAUACGAAGGCUAAUUUGAGAAAAUUUAUGGAUCAUGUUCACCAUCUCUCAGUGGAAAAAAUCACAAAGAUAUUGGAUCGGGGACUGGACCCUAACUACCAUGACCUAGAGAGUGGAGAAACUCCUCUAACUUUGGCAGCUCAGCAUGAUAAUACCGUAGAAGUAAUCAAAGCUCUGAAAAAUGGAGGGGCACAUUUAGAUUUCAGAGCCAAAGAUGGAAUGACAGCUCUGCACAAAGCAGCUAGAGCCAAGAACCAAGUAACCCUCAAGACCCUUUUAGAGCUUGGAGCAUCUCCUAACUACAAGGACAGCUGUGGAUUGACACCACUAUACCACACCGCUGUAGUAGGAGGAGACCCUUAUUGUUGUGAACUUUUACUUCAUGAACAUGCUACAGUCAGCUGCAAAGACGAAAAUGGAUGGCAAGAGAUUCAUCAGGCUUGCCGAUAUGGACAUGUCCAGCAUUUAGAACACUUACUUUUUUAUGGAGCAGAUAUGGGAGCACAGAAUGCCUCAGGAAAUACAGCAUUGCAUAUUUGUGCCCUUUAUAACCAGGAGAGCUGUGCAAGAGUUCUGUUGUUCCGAGGAGCCAACAAGGAGUUAAAGAAUUAUAACAGCCAAUCUUCAUUUCAGGUGGCCAUAAUAGCAGGAAAUUUUGAGCUGGCUGAAUAUAUCAAAAAUCACAAGGAAACAGAUAUUGUGCCAUUUAGGGAGGCCCCUACCUAUUCAAACAGGAGGCGAAGGCCCCAAAGCACCUUGGCAGCACCUCGUGUCUUACUUCGUUCCAACAGCGAUAACAAUCUGAACAUCAACAACAUUCCUGACUGGUCAGCUUCAUCUUCUGCUUCUUCACACCGCAGCCUUUCACCUCACCUACUUCAACAGAUGCAGAAUAAUCCUAAUGGAACUGUAAAAACUGUUGGGAGUUAUACCCCUUCCUCUCGGAGUCGGUCGCCAUCAUUAAACAGGGUAGGAGAGGAUGCAAAAAGACAGCAACAUAGGCACAUCAGUGCCGGUUAUAAUCCCAGUGCCAACAAGGAUGCUAUCGCUGCCUUGGAUUAUCAGGGUCCAAAACGCAAACUUUACAGUGCUGUACCUGGAAGACUUUUUAUUGUCGUCAAGCCAUAUCAACCUCAAGGAGAAGGAGAGAUUCAUCUGCACAAAGGGGACAGGGUGAAAGUUUUAAGCAUUGGUGAAGGUGGAUUCUGGGAAGGCAGCACUCGAGGACUUGUUGGAUGGUUUCCUGCAGACUGUGUUGAGGAAGUGCAGUGUAAACCAAAUGAAAGCAAACCAGAAACUCGAACAGAUAGAACAAAGAAAUUGUUUAGACACUACACAGUUGGAUCAUAUGACAGCUUUGAUGCUUUAAGUGACUGCAUUAUAGAAGAAAAGGCAGUGGUUCUGCAGAAAAAAGACAAUGAAGGAUUUGGAUUUGUGCUCAGAGGGGCAAAAGCUGAUACACCUAUUGAAGAAUUCACCCCAACUCCAGCCUUUCCUGCUUUGCAGUACCUGGAAUCUGUGGAUGAAGGGGGAGUAGCAUGGCAAUCUGGCUUGAGAACUGGAGACUUCCUGAUUGAGGUUAACAGUGAAAAUGUAGUGAAAGUUGGCCACAGGCAGGUGGUGAACAUGAUUCGACAAGGGGGUAAUCACCUAGUUCUUAAGGUUGUCACAGUAACCAGGAAUCUUGAUCCAGAUGAUACAGCUAGAAAGAAAGCCCCACCACCUCCAAAGCGAGCUCCAACCACUGCAUUGACCUUGCGGUCUAAGUCAAUGACCUCAGAGCUUGAAGAGCUUGAUAAAGUGGAUGAAAUUGUACCAGUUUCCAAGCCAUCAAGAAUUACAGACAAUGUAACUGUGGACUCAAGAGUGGCAACAAUUAAACCGCGGCCUUCCAGUAGAUGCUUUCCUUCAGCUACAGAUAUGAAUUCCAUGUACGAUAGACAGGGUAUUGCUGUGAUGCCACCUACUGUACCUGGGACACCUCAAGGUCUUUUUCUAGGUAUACCUCGAGGUACGAUGAGAAGACAAAAAUCUAUAGGAAUAACAGAGGAAGAACGUCAAUUUUUGGCUCCUCCUAUGUUGAAAUUUACCAGAAGUCUAUCCAUGCCAGACACUUCUGAAGAGAUCCCCCCUCCACCACAGUCUCUACCCCCUUCACCACCACCACCUUCUCCCUCCCUUUAUAACUCUCCCAAAUCUCCAACGUCAAGAAGCUAUGGAACAAUUAAACCUGCAUUUAAUCAGAAUUCAGGUUCAAAGGUUUCUUCAGGUAGAUCUGAACAUAUGGGAACAAUAAUGAGGGAAAAAGGGAUGUAUUACAGAAGAGAAUUGGACCGUUAUUCUCUAGAUUCUGAGGACUUGUACAGUAGGAAUGUCGCAUUGCAGGCAAACUUCAGAAACAAGAGGGGUCAGAUGCCGGAAAACCCAUAUUCUGAAGUUGGGAAGAUAGCAAGCAAAGCCGUUUACGUGCCAGCCAAACCAGCAAGGCGGAAGGGAAUGCUAGUGAAACAGUCUAAUGUCGAGGAUAGUCCAGAAAAGACCUGUUCUAUUCCAAUUCCAACAAUUAUUGUGAAAGAACCAUCUACCAGCAGUAGUGGGAAAAGCAGCCAAGGAAGCAGUAUGGAGAUUGACCCUCAGUCUUCAGAGCAGCCUGGACAGCUCAGACCUGAUGAUAAUUUAAACGUCAGUAGUCCAUUUGCAGCGGCCAUUGCUGGAGCAGUGAGAGACAGGGAAAAGAGAUUAGAAGCUAGGCGUAAUUCUCCAGCUUUCCUUUCUACAGACUUGGGAGAUGAGGAUGUUGGCUUGUUGCCCCCAACACCACGUAUGAGGCAAUCCAAAUUUACCGAUGAGGACGUAUUUAGUAAUGAAGAUAGUUUUAGGCAACUUAUGUCACCAUCUCCAAUUCCUGCACCUAGAGAAUCUGAAAAUCUUUUUAAUAGCAGUGAACCUAGCAAUGAAAGUGAUGCAAGGACAUUAAACUCUUCAUCCAUAAAAAAAGUUACUGAAAACAAUAUGGUUGCAACUCAGACCGUUAAUGUGUCCAGUUCGGAUAAUUAUGUUCACCCACUCACAGGAAAGCUAUUGGAUCCAAACUCACCUCUAGCACUCGCGCUCUCUGCAAGAGAUAGAGCCAUGAAAGAACAAACACAACAAACUCCAGGCAAAGGAGAAACUGAUAAAGCAGACCUUAAUAAACCACUUUAUAUUGAUACAAAGCUGAGAUCUAAUAUUGAAACAACAUUUCCUGUGACGGCUGCUGUUACCAGGCAAAAUACACGUGGCCCACUGAGAAGGCAGGAGACUGAAAACAAAUAUGAAACAGAUAUGGGGAAAGACAAGAAGCCUGAAGAAAAGAAAAACAUGCUGAUAAAUAUUGUGGAUACUUCACAGCAGAAAUCAGCUGGUUUACUAAUGGUUCAUACUGUGGAUGAAGCAAAGUCUGAUGACACCCUUGAAGAUGAUGAGAAGAGAGUUGAAAUGGAAAUGAACCCAGACAAUUCUCCAUCGGAGAUCCCAGAAGAUAGUGAAGAAGCAGAAAGUGGGUUGAAUGUAUCUGCUACAUCUGAGCCACCUGCAUCUCCCUGCAAAACAAUUGUAGCAGCUAGCUCUGUUGAUGACCCUGUCAUUUUGCCAUUUCGCAUCCCUCCACCUCCUUUAGCAUCUAUUGAUAUUGAUGAAGAAUUUAUUUUUACUGAGCCAUUGCCUCCUCCCUUAGAAUUUGCUAACAGUUUUGAUAUCCCCGAUGACCGUUCAGCUCCAGGUUCUGCUGUAACGGACUUACUUAAGCAAAGAAAAAAUGGAACACCUACAUCUGUUUCAUUUAACCCCAACCAAUCAACAAAUUCUUUAGACAGUAAAAAACAAGUGGGUCUUUCAAACUGUUUGCCUGCCUCAUUUCUACCACCCCCUGAAAGUUUCGAUCAUGUCACCGACUCUGGGAUUGAGGAGGUAGACAGUCGAUCUAGUAGUGACCAUCACUUAGAGACAACCAGCACUAUCUCAACAGUGUCCAGCAUCUCUACCUUAUCCUCUGAAGGUGGUGAGAACUUGGAUACUUGUACAGUCUAUGCAGAUGGGCAAACAUUUCUGGUGGACAAACCCCCAGUACCUCCUAAGCCAAAAAUGAAGCCCAUAAUCAACAAAAGCAAUGCACUUUACAAAGAUGCUCUAAUUGAAGAAACUGUAGAUAGCUUUGUUAUCCCUCCACCUGCUCCACCCCCACCUCCUAUCAUUGCACAGCCCAGUACGGCUAAAGUUUUACAGCAAAGGACCUCCAAGCUAUGGGGUGAUGUAACUGAGGUAAAAAGCCCAAUUCUCUCAGGCCCAAAGGCUAACGUUAUUAGUGAAUUGAACUCAAUACUACAACAAAUGAACAGAGAGAAAUCCUCAAAGCCAGGGGAAGGGUUGGAGUCGCCUGCUGGAACAAAAACUGCAAGUCUCAGUACAAGGAGCACAGAAGUCAUGAGUACUGUCUCAGGUACACGAAGUACAACCAUCACUUUUACAGUCCGGCCUGGAACCAGCCAGCCCAUCACGUUACAGAGCAGGUCGCCAGACUAUGACAGUAGGACAUCAGGAGUGAGACACGCUCCAAGCCCUGUGGUUUCACCAACAGAGAUUAACAAAGACAUCAUGCCUGCUCCUCUGACUGCUGCUGCUUCAGCUUCAUCUCCUUCUCCAACUCUGUCUGAUGUAUUUAGCCUACCCAGCCAGCCUCCUUCUGGGGACUUAUUUGGCUUGAACACAGGACGCAGCAGGUCUCCUUCUCCCUCAAUAUUGCAACAGCCAAUCUCAAAUAAGCCUUUUACAACUAAGCCUGUCCACCUGUGGACUAAACCAGAUGUGGCAGAUUGGUUGGAAAGUCUAAACUUAGGUGAACAUAAAGAGACCUUCAUGGACAAUGAAAUAGAUGGCACCCAUUUACCAAACCUUCAGAAGGAAGACUUGAUAGACCUUGGAGUGACUAGAGUUGGGCACAGAAUGAAUAUAGAAAGAGCUUUGAAACAACUACUGGACAGAUAAAAAUGGCUACUCUUGCCUCUCAAACUUCUGUUAUAAAUAGAGAUGGGCUGGUACUGAAAUACGCAAAAUGUCGUGGCUGUCUGUGAGUGCCAGCAAAAGAAGAAAAGGUUUAAUUUAGCUGCUGGUACUCAGUAAUGCAGACUGUAUGUUUAGUGCCCAAGCUUAAACCCAAGUAAAUGAAAUUAGUGGGGCUAUUUUAUUUCAAAGGUAGGGGUGGGGAGGUGUGGGGUGCAGAUAGAGAAGAAAGAUAAUUGUUAACUUUGAAAUAUUACCUAUCCAUUUAUGAUGCCCUUCAUCUGGACCCAGAAUGUGCAAGUUUUCUUUUGGUUUAAAACCACAAGCAUUUCAUUUUUGAGCAAAAAAAUAACCUUAUUUUAUAUACACCUCUCCCCUGCCAUCCAGGGUAGUCCGUUCUUGACACUCUCUUGUCAUGGAAUCUCAACAUUUUUUUCCCUUUUGGGCUUUUUUGGAUAGAUCCUCACGUGCUUUACCUUUUUAACCAGUUUUUAAUUAAUAAAUAGCAGAUGCACUACUUCACCCCCUCUUUCACAAUGUCAGUUUGAUCCAGUGUAGAUCUUUGGUUUGUUGGCAGUGAAGCUGAUAGUGCUGUUGGAGACUCUUGUUCAAAGGUAACUGUUCUGCUUUACUUAGGUAUUUCUUUAUUUCUGCGUUUAUAUUUAGCACAAUUCCAAGGUAGCAGAAUAGGUUUUAAACAUGCUGUACUGACCUAAUAAGUAGAAUGUGGAAACUAUGUAUAGAUUGGAAGAGAAUUCUCUCAGAGAUCCCAUGAAAUGAGGCUAGUUUGAACCAGACACCCCUAUUUUGCAACCAGAUAAACUGCUAAUGAGGCCCAACAUAUACUAUAUGAGCAGAUUAAAAUGUGGUUGUGAAGAGUGUUGGCUAUACUGUGUCCAUGUGCAUCUUUUAGACUUUUAUAGUUAGAUUUUUCAAACAUGCUGAGCCCCCACAGAUCCUGCUUAAUUCAUUGAGUUGCAAGUACUCAACAACUGAAAAACUGGGAUAUAAGACAGGAUAUUGCUUCCAUAGAAGUUAGUGGGGAAUGUUGCCACUGACAACUGGGAGCAGGAUUGGGGCCUGUUAGUAGAAAUAAAAAUGUUUCAGCACGUGAUCACCUACAGUUUUAAAAAUAUUUAAAGGGUAAAUGUUAACAAAGGAGGGGACAUGUGGCGUCCUAGAAUGCAAGUGUUCCAAAGGGCCAGGAAAACAGAGAGGUCCAGAUUUAUGGACUUGGUUCAUCAUUUCCUGGCUAGCCUGGGUUGGGCUGUUGGUGGAAGAAGCAUAGUCAAUGCCUAAGCAGGAGCAGAAAGCUUCCCAUCACACUCAAGUGACUUCUUUGCUGUGUUCCAAAAUUAUUAGUAGCGGGGUCCAGAGAGUGAUCCAUCAAGCCCUGAUCAGCAUUGCAGACGAUUGGCCCACUUUGGGGUUGAUUGUUGACUGCUUCUGCACUCUCUGUGUACCCUGGCCAUACAGAGUUUUGGCAGAUUUGACUUUUUUUUUCUUUAAAGUUAACAAUUUUCUCUCUGUGUCUGACCCCUUUUAUAAUUAACACCUCUAUUAAUUUCUGUAGGAGUUUUGUGGGUCUUACUUUCUGAACAUUCAACCUGUUCAAGGCAGGCACAUCAUGUAUGGACAGCCAGACUCUCAGCCUACCAUACUAUCAGGUUCUCCCACCUUUUGGAAGGUUCCUGAUUUUUUUUUCCUUGCUAUGGUCCAGCCUCUCUCUAAUUAUAAUUUUUUUUCUGCUCACAAUCAAGUGUCUAAUUAGGUCUGCAACAGCCCUAGAACAAGUAAAUAAAAUUUAGCAAUUUAAAUACCUUUCUUUACUGCAAGUUUAAAUAGUUGUACAGAUAGUUUAUAAGCACAAUAUUUUAAGAAAAUAAGUGGCUGGUCUACUGGGCAGCCUUUGUGCCACUUCAGUGCUAGAAUGUUAAAAAAAUAAAAAAAAUAAAAAUUUAAAAAAAAAAUUAAAAAACACUUUUGUGGUUUAAUACUAUUUCUGUGGAAUAAGAAGUCUUGACCUUUUUAAAUCAACCUCAUUUGGAUGCAUCUGAACCAGCAGAGCUGUGUUAUAUUUUCUAUUUUUCCUAGAACUUCUUCAAAGGAGGAUGAAUACUACUUCAAAAGUGAUUACACAAUUAACAAUGCAUUAGCAAAGCAACUAUUCAACCUCCUGCCCCCUUUAUGGAACAAAUCUUGACUUAACAUCUGUUACUACACCCUUUGCAGGUCUAUAUUUGUAUUUGAAAGUUCCAAGUAACCUUGUAAUAAAAAUCAAUAUUGAGGGGUUUUACUUUCAAGAGUACUGAGUUUUUCCAUAGUUACAUGGCUAUUGUUGUAGAGAAUGACAUUUUCAUUCAGAUAUUCAAUAAUGGCACCUUAGGGCCAUCAAAUACUUUAAAAAGUGUAAAAAUGGUAAUUCAGCCAUCAUUGUCUUCCAUUUGGUGAUAUUACAGAAUUCAGUAAAUAAACCACUAAUGCCAUGCUCCUUUUUGUUUCUUUGACUACAGUUGGUAUUACCUCUAUAAUAUGUGCCAGAAAAUACAUUAGAUAAUACGGUAGUAAAAGAAAAUGUAGAUGAUGACUUUUAAGCUGCUUUUUAAUCACAACCUUAUUGUUGAAUUUAGGUUUAAUGAGUGCUGACAUACACAAGUAAAUUACAGCUGAUGGUAUCCCUUUCUUAAACAAGUGUUGUUUCUUGCUUAUGUAUCUUUUCAGGCACUUAAAGAAUAGGUACAGUAUAAUUAGUAGAACAGAGAUUAAAAACACUAAAGAGCUAAUGAAAUAGUUUAUUUUUACAUUGUGUCUUAUGAUCUAAAGGGUAACAGGACCUACUUUUACCAAUAAAAUACACCUCUGCCAAGAUGAAUUGGUCUCUAGCUCUGUUUGAUGACUUUGCUACAGAAAGCAAUAGUAACAGAUAAAACUCCUAGUAUUUUCAUCAGUUUUGGACAUGUUGGGGUGAGGGAAUGGCCCUAUUAUUUCACGCUACUAUGAUAGUGGAGAAGAAAAUGUUAGAGCUCUAUGAAACAUGUUAUGAUAUUCCAGGUUUUAGGAUCAACUUUUGUUUAUAUACUGUAAUUUAAAUAAAUUGCAUUUACAUGCCUAGUUUCUGUAAUAUUUGUGUAUACAAUACCAAAAUCACACAAGAUGUAAAUUGUGUAUAACUGCAGACUCCUUUCCCUGAGUGUCUGGGAACAUUUUAAGUUUAAUUCAUAUAUUAUAAAAUGACUAGAUGUGACUGUUGAUUUACAGAAUUUACAUAUCACAAAAGCUAAUUAUUUGUGGUACUUAAGUUAAUAAAAAUAGUGAUUUUCUGAGUUCUUAAACAAGCAUUACCCAGUUGAUCUGGCAAUGAUUGUGUGUAAGCCACAAAUAUUGAUGAUUUUUCCAUUACAUUUUUUCUUUUCUUUUCUAGAUAUUAAUGUUUCUCAAUAUAGUUUGUGUAACAAUUUGUGUUCACGUUAUCUAUGUUGCUGUAAUUUUUGUGCUUUAAUUCCUCUUAUUUCGAAUUGAUUAAAAAUCAAGCUCCUGUAACUUGCACUUUCCCUGAUCCUUAAUACUCUUGUAUGGCAACCAAAAUUCCUGUAAGAAAUAAAUAUAAUAUUGCACUAA